AUGCCCCGCAUUCUACUAGUGGUUGUUCAGCUCGCUUUCGCCAUGAAGAAAGAUCACGUCACCACCGACGAGGAAAAGGGAUCAUCCCCAGCACCGCUGCUGGCUGCUGCCCUUCAUUCUAUUCAACUGUCUGAGGUGGCACCCGUCAGAGAGCUGUCGUUUAUGCAGGUCUCGUUGGAAGUGCAGAGUCGCUCUCCCAGGAGCCACGGAGCCCCCGCCGUGGACUUCAGCAAAACCCUGACAGACGCAACUGAUGCUGCGCUGGAAGCUGCACAGGAUGCAGGCAAGUCGGCGGUGCAUCUCUCGGAGGUCGCCUCAGAAGCAGCCCACGCAGCGGCACAGAUUGCCGUCACAUUGCAGUCUCGCGAUGCCGAGGCCUGGCCGAGCAAUGCAACGGCUGUCCAGGCUACGCCCACCCUCGGAGAGUCUUUGGCGACAAAGCUAUCAGAAGAAUAUGCCGCCUCUGCUUCCGCGAUCCAUCAGCCCAGGGCGAAAAAUAACAGCAACACAGCGCCAGCGGUGGCAUCCGAUGCUUCCCAUCGUCCAGUCGUGCGAAGCGGAGAAGCCAUCAAUCGCACGAGCCAGAUGAGAGACCUCGGAGCUUUUCUCCGAUGCCUCGAGGAAGCCAUGUGCACCAAGUACGUGCUGCUGCGAGUGGGCUUCCUGCUUUUGGGUUGUGUGAUCUUGCAUGUGAUGAGAUGUGGCCUUCCUGUCAUGGGCGUUCAGGGCACCUCUGUGUGCAAGCAGGCCUUGAAGUCCCAAGUGAAGAGGUUCAACAUGGCACACGAGAGGUACGAUCCAACACUUUCGGCGGGUCAUCCUGAUUUGUACGAGUUACAAAGAAGCCUGUUGCCAGUGCUUUGA